CACCUGAACCUCCCCCCUCAUCCUCCACAGGCUGCAGAGCAGGUGAAGAGCUGGUGAAAAUCUCCGAGCUGUACCCCCAGGACAGCCAUGCCAUGCAAAGGUUCCAGGUGGAGGAGAAGGUGCUGGACAGGCUGAAGAUCACCUUUGAGAACAGCACAGACUUCUUUGGCAGGAUCGUGGUCUAUCACCUGGGGGUGCUGGGGGAGAGGCUGUAGGACACUGGGGGGGCUGCCCCCACCCCUGGGGGGCUCUGAAAACCUGCCCCAGCUGCCCCCCAAGGAACCCCCAUCCCCAGGGAUGGCAGUGAUGGAGGGACACUGCCAAGGGAUCCCCGUGGGAUCCUCUGGGUGGGACUCGGGUGUGCAACCAGAUGAAUAAAGGGUGUCCCUGCUC